AUGAAGAGAUCGCUGACGUACCAGAAGUGGGCAGCGGAGCGGGGUGCAUUGGCCCGAUGCGAAAGGCGGUGCAGCGCCGACUGCACAUCAGCUGGUGCGAGGAAUGCCGAGUUCCUUCGGGCAGCAACAAGCAAGACAGAUGGGGCCCAAAAGUUUGGCCAGGAGCAUUCCGUCGACUGUGGCCGCGGUAUUAAUCGCCAAAAAGUUCUGAUCGACCCAUUCCGACUCAAAAGAUCCGGGUCGCCAAAUAUCGCAAUGAGAAGAUUGAAAUUGGAAGAGAGGCUAGUUCCUCAUCUGAUUGCUAUUUUCGUACCAUUGCAAGGUAUGAAAGGCAAUCUGGACAUGACAUUCACAUCGCGAUUGGGAACAAUGGCUCAUCAAGGGCGUCUGCAAGAUUCGGGAUACAUGCCACGAAUAUCCAGAAACAUAGCUUUACUGGAGGCGCAAGCCAUUUUCAUCAGUCUGUUCGCAGUGCUGAUGACAUUCGUAUUGGAAAGUUUAUGGCAUGAGGGUGCAAAACAUCCACCUGUCAAUGACUUCCUUUUUCUUGGAGCGAACUCUCUAUUCUCAAUGUGUAUUGCGAGUGCACUUUCGUCAGUUGGUUAG